AUGAAUUACCCUGAAUCAGGUAAACCCUAUCCAUCUCUCUCUCUCAUCCCACGUCCUACCGUCACAUCGCCUCCAAAGACGACCCUUCGCUCAUGUUCUUCCUCAUCGUCGUUAUCUUUGGUCGCCGUUGAUCUAGCAAUUGGAAUCCAUUUCUCGCAUGGAUCUUAUGAGUAUCAUCAGGAAACACUUGAUAAUCUCCAAACUGCCAUGGAUAACACCGGUAUUCUCUGUGCAGUUAUGCUCGAUACCAAAGCAGUGGAUUGCUCUCCUGUGAGUUCAGUAGUUGCAAACAAAGCUUCUUUUGUAAAUGCAUCAACUUCUGGGUCGCAAAAAAUACCUGUAAAUAAGAUGGUGCGGACAGAUUCACAGGAUCCUUCUGGGAGGAUGCAUGCUUAUUUUCAAGCUAAGCCUUCUAGACACUAUGAAAGCAAUUCUGGUUUGAAUUCUUUGAGGUGCCUGCAAUGCAUGUCUUCCAUCAGACAGAGAAGGAAUCCUAAGGAAACUACUGAUCUUACAAGUGUUCAGGAACUUAUUGAUGAAUUUGAACGUGGUUGUCACUCUGGUCUUUUGGAAACUGUAAGGAACUGCAAAUAUGUUGGUAUGGUUGAUGAUGAUUUUGCUCUCCUUCAGCAUAAUACUCAUCUAUAUCUUGCCAAUGUUGUAAAUUUGAGCAAAGAGCUCAUGUAUCAACUGGUUCUGCAAGGAUUUGGUUACUUCAAUGCAAUACAGUUAAGUGAGCCUGCUCCAUUGCAAGAACUAAUCAUGAUGGCACUAACUGAAGAAGAUCCAGAUUCACAAGGCGUUGAGAAUGAUGACUUAAAAGGAAAGAUUGCUCAAAUGAAUGCUAAGCUACUAAGCAAGAAAUAUGAAUUGCUGGAUGAAUAUUUUGGCAUUCAUGUGGAUCCACAAGCCAAUUUGUCAAGGCUUCCUGUCAUACUUGACCAGUACACACCUGACAUGGACCGUGCUCCAAAAUUUCUUCUUUGUCUGGGAAAUGAUGUGACUUGGAAUGAUGAGGUUUGCUUUCAAACAAUUGUUGCUGCUCUUGGAAACUUCUAUGCUAUGCAUCCACCUCUAUUGCCAAAUCCAUCAGGUGAAGGAGUUUCAGAUUUUUAUAAAAGACAAGGGAAAGGAAAUGUUUCAGGAGGUACGUUUUUUUUUGCACUCUAA